AUUUAUGUCAACAAAAUCUGAAAAUAUUAUUCUUAACAAUCUGACGAAUAACAUUCAAAUGCGAAUAUUUAAUUGCUGAGAAUGCUGACUAUGAUAAUCGAAAUAUAAAACUAGUUCAAUAGCUCAAAGGUUGGAGAUCAUAUGCUGGAGGAUCACGAUGUUGGAAUUAUACUCUUACGAUUAUUUAGACGGAACAAUACAAAUCACUAUUUGAAGAGGGUGUACUCUCUAUAAGGGUGGAAAAAAGUGGUCAAUAUUAUUAGCGAAUCUUUCAUACGUUAUUAUACGGAUAUAUAUUUAUAUGUGUUUAUCGGUCUCGUGUUGGCUCGUUUAGAUAUUUAAAUAUUUAGAUUACACACAUUUCUCCGAGACGAGAUAAGAGAGCCAAUGACGACAGAAGCAGCCGAGCAGCGGAUCGUCCGAGUUUCCUCUCUCAUUAUUCGACCUGAUUCGGCCAGCGAUCGUUGUUUUACUCGCGGAAAGGGUUGAAACAAGAGGGUUAGAUCGUGCACGGAUCACGCACGAUUGCGAUACAGGGAGCUAAAAAUGGCACGAUUGAUGGUACAAAUCGGCCGGUGCGCAAUGAAAACGUUUGUCUCACAAGGCGGGAACGAUUUAUUCGGCAGAACCGCGCAAUCGAGAACAUCUCUCGCCGCAUUACGUUCCAUAACCACAACUCGAUGCUUGAGAGCUGAACGAUGGUAUACCGAUAAACAUGAAUGGAUAACAGUGGACGGCAAAGUGGGCAUAGUCGGUAUAUCGGAUUACGCGCAGGAUGCUCUCGGAGAUGUGGUGUUCGCGCAACUUCCUGAUGUGGGAUCUACGGUAAAAAAAGAAGAGGAAUGCGGAGCUCUAGAAUCAGUGAAGGCAGCUUCGGAAUUGAUAAGUCCAGUCAGCGGGAAAGUUAUAGAGAAAAACGAGACGGUCGAAAAUAAACCCAGCUUAAUUAAUACAUCUUGUUAUGAAGAAGGUUGGCUGUUUAAAGUAGAGUUAAACAAUUUAGAUGAAAUCAAAAAUUUGAUGAACGAAGAGGCUUAUAAUAAGUUUCUAAAAUCAGAUGCACAUUAAAUCCACAGACUAGAAUAAUUUUCUUUGACAUAAUUAACAAUUCUAUUUGAUAUUGAACUUUGAUAACUUGUAUAACGAGUUUUUUAUAUAUUAAAAUCUCUCGUUUUCAAAUAAAUGUAUAUAUACGUAUAUAUAUUUAUAUAUAUAUACAUACACAUAUACACAAACUAUAUGAAUAUAUAAAUAUAUAUUUCUCAUUGUAUUUUAUGAAGAAUUGUUAUAAGCUUUGCAUCUCAAUCAUUGAAAGCAGCUGACAUCACAUAUAUCAUUUUAUUCAGUAGGUUUAUAAGUAAUGAAAAUGAAUGUUAAUUCUUUUUAAUGAAAAACUUAGUGCGUUAGCAAUAGCGUUUUAUGUUUUCUUAGUACAACAUAUAUGAUUUUAAUUAUCCGUAUUAUGGUGAUAUCGAUUAUUACAUUACUGUUAUUGUUACUACAAAAUGCAAAUAUGUUGUAUGUUAAUGCAUCACAUGUAUACAAUAUAGCUCCAUAUAAAGAUUUAACGUUUCUUUUUUUUUUUAGCAAAUUAAAAAUUGAUAUUUGUUGCGAUAGUUGCAAUAUCUUUAUUAGUCACUGUGCAAUGUUCUUUGUAUUAUAUUUAUACAAAGCAAACAAAUAUUGUGAUAUACAAGUUGUUUAAUACAUGAAUAAUAGCAUUCAAGUUACGAAUUAUGAUAGUAUUUCUUUUUUCUUUCUUUUCGAGUGCACAAGGACAUUAAAAUUUUGUAAUAAUUGUACAUCCUAACAAGUGAUUGAAUAAUCAUAAAAUACUAUUUCCGAAUCUCGCAAAAUGGCA